GCCCCGGGAACUGGGUCACCACAUACACGGGCUGUGUUUGCGACGGACAACUGAGUGUCAGCUGUUCGUUGUAGUGGUAGCUUACAACUUUGUAAAAGAUAAAAUUUAAAUUAUUGCCAUUCGGACCCUUGAGGUUAAAGGGUCUCUGUAGACGUAUAAAUGUCUGAUGCACCAGAACUUCCUAAAAAAGAAGAAGAAGAGGAGGAGGUUACACCUGAACAAGAGGAACAUUCCGACGACAGCAGCGAGGAAGAGGCGACAGGAGACACAGAGAUGGACUUUCUGCGUAACCUCUUCUCUAGCGCCCUGGGCCUCGGCUCAGCAGAAAAAGUUCUGGACGAGCUGAGUCUGGAUGGAGUAGCGCGCUACAUAAAGAGUGGCAAAUGUAGAAACAUCAUCUGUAUGGUUGGAGCAGGAAUAUCCACAUCGGCUGGGAUCCCUGAUUUCCGCUCACCGGGAACGGGCCUGUACGCAAACCUGCAGAAGUAUAACCUGCCCUACCCAGAGGCCAUCUUCCAGAUAGACUACUUUAAGAAACAUCCAGAGCCUUUCUUCGCUUUGGCCAAGGAGCUUUACCCUGGGCAGUUUAAGCCGACAGUCUGUCACUACUUCAUAAAGAUGCUGAAGGAUAAGGGGAUCCUGACUCGCUGCUAUACACAGAAUAUUGAUACCCUGGAGCGAGUGGCCGGGCUUGAAGGAGAGGAUCUAAUUGAAGCUCACGGAACAUUUUACACAUCCCACUGCAUCAGCUUCGGUUGCCGUCAGGAGUACAGCCUGGACUGGAUGAAAGAAAAAAUCUUUUCUGAUGACGCUCCCCGAUGUGACAAGUGCAGCAGUUUGGUCAAGCCAGAUAUCGUUUUCUUUGGAGAAAAUCUUCCUGUGCGGUUCUUCUCCUCAAUGAAGAUGGACUUUCCUCGCUGUGAUCUUCUCAUCAUCAUGGGGACUUCUCUGCAGGUCCAGCCAUUUGCGAGUCUAGUUGGCAGGGUUUCAAAAAGUUGCCCGAGACUGCUUAUUAACAUGGAGAGGGCAGGGCAGGCUGAUCAUCUGUUGGGGUUGCUUGGAUUUGGAGGAGGGAUGGACUUUGACUCAGACAAGGCAUACAGAGAUGUAGCUCAUAUCAGUACAUGUGACGAUGGCUGUUUGGCUCUAGCUGACCUGCUGGGAUGGAAGGCGGAGCUGGAAGAACUGGUGAAGAAGGAGCAUGCCAGGAUUGACAGUCAGGACAAAAAAGAAAAGGCCAGUGAAAGCAAAGGAGCUGCAGCCAAGGCAAGCACUGUAACUGUGGCACCAGAGUCCAAAAAGGAAGAGUAGCUAAUUAAAAAGCUCCCUUUUUAAUCAAAGCUACUGCCACGAUAUCACAAUUUGGACUUGGCCCUUGUCUUGAAGUGAAACUGUGAUGGAUGUCUGCCACAGUGUCAGUUUUUUCCUGCUUGACAUUUGCUUCUUCUGAACAGAAUCACAGGACAUCUGACUUCCUUGUGUUUUAUGCUUUUACACUUUAUGCUAGCUAUUUGCACUUUACUUGCAUUACCAUACCUGCCCAUUUGUGGUUGCAUUAGUUCACAUCUGUUUUUUUCCUGAGGCAGCUGACUAUGCAUUUUACUGCAGUACAGUGGCAUUGUUCAAGCCUAGUAAUUAUGAAGGCUGAAAUAUUGUGUCCAAACCAACUGUUGGACACUUUUGAUGUAGUAAUUUGCACCAAGCCAUGCCAACUCUCUUCUCUUCAUUGAGUAUUUGAUUUCAGUUUAGCUUCCUAAAAUGCUAACCAGGCUAUUGUUUAUCUUUUUCCCCCCCAAGACAGAAUCUUUUGACCUCUUUGGUCAGUGACCACAAAAAGUACCAUCUAUAUCAAAAAAUACUUCCUGAUUAGUUGUAAAUAUAAUAGGAGAACUGGGUAUGUGGAACUUUCAAAAUGACUUGAUUGUUAACUAACAGCUUUUUUCAUGUCAACCUUUUUGUUCCUGCUUCAACAGAUUUCUGUAUUUUUCUUUAACACGGUGUUCUCAGACAAUUAAGAGAAACAUUGUGAUGCUUUCUUAUUAUGGAACUACAAAGUGUACAUCAAUAUGGUGCACAAAAUAUAACCUAAAGUUUACUCGCACCGUUGAUCCUAAGGUGAUUUUGCUU